AUGGCGACCACCUCGUCCAUGUUCAUGUACUCGCUCACCAUCCAGCCGCCCACAGCCAUCACGCAAGCCAUCCUGGGCCAGUUCUCGGGCACGAAGGAGCAGCAGAUCGUCACCGCGGCCGGCGCGAAGCUCGCCAUCCACCGCACCGAGCCGUCGCAGGGCAAAGUGCAGACGCUCUUCUCGCAGGAUGUCUUUGGCAUCAUCCGCUCGCUCGCCGCGUUCAGGCUCGCCGGCAGCAACAAAGACUACAUCAUUAUCGGCUCGGACUCGGGGAGAAUCACCAUUGUCGAGUAUGUCCCGGCUCAGAACCGGUUCAAUCGCAUCCAUCUCGAGACCUUUGGCAAGUCCGGCAUCAGACGCGUCGUGCCGGGCCAGUAUCUCGCUGUCGACCCCAAGGGCAGAGCCUGUCUAAUCGCCUCGGUCGAGAAGAACAAGCUCGUCUACGUUCUCAACCGCAAUGCGCAGGCUGAGCUCACCAUAUCCUCUCCGCUGGAGGCCCACAGGCCGCAGACGGUCGUCUUUGCCCUUACCGCGCUAGAUGUGGGCUAUGAGAACCCCAUCUUCGCUGCCCUCGAGGUCGAGUACACCGAGGUCGACCAGGACCCCACGGGCCAGGCGUACGACGACACCGAAAAGAUGCUCGUCUACUACGAACUCGACCUUGGUCUGAACCACGUCGUCAGACGGUGGGCUGAUCCGGUCGACCGUACUGCCUCCAUGCUCUUCCAGGUGCCCGGAGGUGCUGACGGUCCCAGCGGCGUCCUCGUCUGCGCGGAGGACAACAUCGUCUACCGUCACUCGAACCAGGACGCCUUUAGGGUUCCCAUCCCCCGCAGACGUGGGCCUACCGAAAACCCAGAGAGGAAACGAUGCAUCACCGCCGGAGUCAUGCACAAGAUGCGCGGUGCUUUCUUUUUCCUUCUACAGUCUGAAGACGGCGACCUUUUCAAGGUUACCAUGGAAAUGGUAGAAGACGAGAAUGAAAAUGCUACCGGAGAAGUGAAGAGACUGAAGCUCAAGUACUUUGAUACUGUUCCCUUGGCUUCUAGCUUGUGUAUUCUCAAGAGCGGUUUCUUGUUUGUUGCUAGUGAAACCGGCAACCAACACUUCUAUCAGUUUGAAAAGCUAGGAGACGAUGACGACGAGAUCGAGUUCAUCAGUGAUGACUACUCGGCUGUCAUCUCAGAGCCCUUGCCUCCAGUAUAUUUCCGGCCUCGACCUGCCGAAAACUUGAACCUGGUAGAGAGCAUCGCCUCGUUAAACCCACUCAUGGCUGCUUCAGUUACAAACGUCACAGAAGAGGAUGCUCCUCAAAUAUACACGCUGUGUGGCACCGGUGCCAGAAGUAGCUUCAGAACGCUAAAACACGGCCUCGAAGUAUCUGAGAUCGUCGAGUCUGAGCUGCCCAGUGUCCCGUCGGCCGUCUGGACCACAAAGCUGUCUCGGAAUGACCAGUAUGAUGCAUACAUUGUGCUAUCCUUCUCAAACGGCACCCUUGUCCUAAGCAUCGGUGAAACCGUAGAAGAAGUCACAGAUACCGGCUUUCUCUCGUCCGCUCCCACUCUUGCCGUGCAGCAACUGGGUGAAGACUCGCUCAUCCAAGUUCAUCCAAAGGGUAUCAGACAUAUCCAUGCAGACCAAAGAGUGAACGAGUGGCCCGCUCCCCAACAUAGAUCUAUUGUUGCCGCCACCACAAAUGAGAGACAGGUGGCCAUCGCACUCAGCUCCGGAGAAAUCGUCUACUUUGAGAUGGACACCGAUGGCUCACUCGCUGAAUACGACGAGAAGAGGCAAAUGUCCGGCACAGUAACCUGCCUCAGCUUGGGAGAGGUUCCGAAGGACGACGUUGACUUCUGCCCCGUCUGCCCUAUCCAUCAUGUCCAUGAUCGAUUCACUCUGCGGGUCGACGUUAUACUUCACAUCGGUCUUUACUCCGGAAUCUACUUGCGUACAGUCCUAGACGAAGUUACCGGAGAACUAUCGGACACUCGAACCCGAUUCCUCGGCGUCAAGCCAGUGAAGCUAUUCAGUGUCUCCGUCAAGGAGCAGAGAGCAGUCCUUGCCCUUAGCUCCCGCUCUUGGCUUGGGUAUUCUGAUCUCCAGACAAAGAGCUUCACCCUCACACCCUUGAACUACGUCGGGUUAGAAUGGAGCUGGAACUUCUCCUCUGAACAGUGUGUAGAGGGUAUGGUCGGCAUUCAGGGCCAGAACCUACGAAUAUUUUCCAUUGAGAAACUGGACAAUAACCUCCUUCAAGAGCCCAUUCCUCUUGCAUACACUCCUCGGAACUUUGUCCGACACCCCGAGUACCCUCUUUUCUAUGUCAUUGGAUCCGAUAACAAUGUUCUUUCCCCCUCUACCAAAGCCAAACUACUCGGUGAAUCAACCGCAGUCAACGGCGACAGUGCCGAGUUACCUCCAGAGGACUUUGGCUAUCCAAGAGGCACAAACCACUGGGCCUCAUGCAUUGAAGUCGUGGACCCAAUAAAUACCAAGUCUGUGCUUUCCAAGCUGGAACUCGAGGACAACGAAGCCGCUGUAAGCAUUGCCGCCGUCUCAUUCACCAGUCAAGAGGACGAAACCUUCCUGGUUGUGGGAACGGGCAAGGACAUGGUUGUCAGUCCACGCACUUAUACAUGUGGAUUCAUUCAUAUCUACCGAUUCCAAGAGGAAGGUAAAGAGCUGGAAUUCAUCCACAAGACAAAAGUUGAACAACCGCCGCUAGCUCUACUUGGAUUCCAAGGCCGUCUCCUUGCAGGAGUUGGCCCCGAUCUAAGGAUAUACGACCUCGGAAUGAGACAGCUACUGCGAAAAUGCCAGGCUCAGAUAACACCACGCGUGAUUGUCGGACUUCAGACCCAGGGAAGCCGAAUCAUCGUCAGCGAUGUCCAGGAGAGCGUCACGUACGUCGUUUACAAGUACCAAGAAAACGCCCUUAUCCCCUUUGCAGACGACAUUAUAUCCCGCUGGACCACCUGCACCACAAUGGUGGACUAUGAGACCGUUGCUGGCGGCGACAAGUUCGGUAACAUAUGGCUCCUACGAUGUCCUACCAAGGCAUCCGAAGAAGCCGACGAAGACGGCUCUGGCGCCCAUCUCAUUCACGAACGACAGUAUCUCCAGGGCGCACCUAACAGGCUCAGCCUGGUAGUUCAUUUCUACUCCCAAGAUAUACCCACAAGCAUCCAAAAGACCCAACUCGUUGCCGGUGGUCGAGACAUCCUGGUCUGGACCGGCCUCCAGGGAACAGUUGGAAUGUUCGUGCCCUUCAUCACCCGUGACGAUGUCGAUUUCUUCCAAACCCUUGAGAUGCAACUUGCUUCACAGAACGCUCCGUUGGCCGGGCGAGACCAUCUUAUCUACAGAGGCUACUAUGCUCCGUGCAAGGGCGUCAUUGACGGAGACCUCUGUGAGACGUUCUUGCUUCUGCCCAAUGAUAAGAAGCAAGCUAUUGCAGGCGAGCUCGAUCGAUCAGUUCGAGAAAUCGAGCGUAAGAUAUCGGUACGUACCAUCCUUCUCUCUCAACGACUAUUGACCAAUAUCUAA